AUGGAUUCUUUGUCGCCAGAAGAGCCAGUGCGCGCCUUGCCCCCAACCCGUGUUCCGUGUUUCUUCCCUUCUGUCGUUGGCGGCGCCCAAGACCCGACCACUGUCAUCAAACUGAACAUUUCUGCUUCUUCGUCAGCGGAUGUUUUGGCUUUCGCUGCUGUUGUACGCACGCUGAUAGGGACGACCGGCGAGUUUGCGUUUCGGUUUCAAGACGAUGCUUGUGUUAUCGCAGAGGGAAAAGACGAGCAAGAUUCAACAGAGAGUGUCAUCACUCUCCGGAAUUCCCAGGUGACCGGACUGGAGGCUGUCGAGGUUCAAUUAUCAUCGUCGUCGUCGUCGUCGUCGGAACCCAAGACCCUUGCACACGUAUUAUUCCAUCUCCAAAUCAGAUCCUCGUCUCUUGUCCUCCAGUUCUCCGAAAAGCAUAUUCCAAAUUCUCUAGCAUGGCGAUUGCUGCACUUGUAUACCCAAGAAAGCGGUACUGCUGUUUUCUGUACCAACGAUGACGAACUUUCUCUCGUGAAUCAUCCGCCGCAGGCCUACCCGUUUUCAGCUGAACGGCCUGCUCUUCUCCACGGUGCAUUCCUCCAGAAAGCCGCUGCUAAUCCAGAUGCAACGGCCGUUGAUUUUUUGGAUGUUCAAAAUGCUCCUCGUCGUGCUAUAUCUUACCGCCAAUUGGACCAGCGGUCCUAUACGAUUGCCCGGAUUCUGCAUCAUUUCGUCCAUGAGAGAAAGAGCAUUAUCCCAUUGGCAGUACCUCCUUCUCCGGAGCUGUAUGUCGGAUACAUAUCAGUUCUACGUGCUGGUUGUGCGUUUUCACCUCUUCCGGGUCUAGAUACUGCUCCAGUUGAGCGUAUCUUGGAAUUGGUUCGGGACGUUGGUGCACCAGUUGUUCUUGGGAUGGGAUUCCGUCCUGAAUGGAUGGAUGCUAUCGAGGACGUGCACUGGGUAGAUGUAGCAUCUGCGUGUGCACCCGCAGAAGCACCUCUGGAAUGGGAACCUCCCUGCGAAUCAGAUCUGGCAUAUGUUCUUUUCACCUCCGGUUCGACGGGGAAACCCAAAGGUGUUCAGAUUACCCAUUUGGCAGCGGCGUGCUCAAUCUCUUCUCAUCUUGCGGUUCGUGCUCUUCCUCCAGGAACCCGAUGGUUCCAGUUUGCUGCUGCAACUUUUGACCCUUCUCUUAUGGAGACAUUUAUGAAUUUCUCAUCCGGCACGACGAUAUGCGCCGCAAAUCGUCAACGUCUGCUUACGAAUCCGGAAGCUGUUCUAUCAGAGCUCAACUGCUCUCAUAUGAUGGCCACUCCAAGCUUUGCGGCUAUGCUACGUCCUGAACGCAUAGGGCCGUCGUUCGAGCUUUGGACCAUGGGUGAACGCCUUUCCGAGCGUGUCAUCGAAGCAUUUAGCAAACCAGACCAGGGAUAUGUCCUGUGCAAUGCUUAUGGUCCGACGGAGGCUGCCAUCAACGUGACACUGCGUCUUCAUCCCCGUAAUGAAUCUGGCUCACGCCUUGGGUCGCCUAUAUCCACUGCCUCCAUGAUGAUCUUGCAUCCUACUGAACCCAGACUUGUGCCGCUUGGGUUUCCGGGAGAGCUGGGCUUAGGAGGUCCUCAGCUGGCGAAAGGAUAUCUGAACAUGCCAGAGCAAACAUCCCGUGCAUUCAUAGAAAUUGAUGCUGUUGGACGCGUGUAUCGCACAGGUGAUCGCGCUCGUGUUGUAAUCGACGAUGUAGGUGAAUGGUCUGGAAUCGAAUACCUUGGACGCAUGGGAAUGGACCAAGUAAAGCUUAGUGGCAGGCGUGUGGAAUUAGGAGAGAUCGAAGCCAUAUUAUCCGCCGUCUCUGGUGUUCAGUCAGCACACGCGGUUGUUCACAAGUCUGACUCCGGCGUCGAACAGCUUCUUGCCCUAAUUACGCCGGAAGAAAAGAGUCUUAUAGACGAAGUGAGACGCGUCGCUGAAGCUCGGCUUCCUGCACAUAUGCGACCUGUCAGCUAUUUUCUUGCACAGACAACACCCAAGUCGACGGCUGGAAAAGCAGAUCGUCGAGCUAUAGCGAAACUUGUGGCGGCAUUCUUCUCAGAGGCUCAGUCCAUUGCUAAGGUCAAGGAAGAUGCUGGAAGUGAUAUAGAUCCUGAGAUCCUGAAGACUGUUGUUAAGCUUGUGGCGGAGACCGCAGAACUCGAAGAGACCUCUGUUUUGCUUAACAGUAGCUUUAUCGCCCUCGGCAUUGACUCCCUGCGCGGUGUUCGUUUCUUGACCCUUGCUCGCGAGGCCGGUUUGAAAAGUUUAGCCAUUCUUGAUGUGCUGCAAAACCCAACACCUGUGUAUCUUGCUCGGAGGAUCAUGGAGAGUCAAGACCAAGACGCCGAUACCGAUGUUCCUACGAAGCACGUUGAAAUUUUGGAGCAGUUCGCAGCCGAGGCUGGUGCAGCUGUAUGGAAAGAACACGGCCACAUGGCCCGGAUCAUGCCGGCUACACCUAUGCAAGCCAGUUUGCUUGCUUUAUACCUACGUUCUGAGGGACAAUCCGGUUACAUCAAUCAUUCGGUUUAUACCCUCACACAGGGAGUUGAUUCGAAUCGCUUCAAGCAGGCAUGGGAAGCCGUGGUUCACCGAAAUGCCAUCUUGCGCACUUCAUUCAUCUUGAUCGAUAACAGUACCAUUAGUCCAUUUGCAUUGGUUUCUGGUGAAGAAUGUAACUUUUGUUGGAUUGAGGAAUCGGGAGGGGAUGUGGACAUGCUGGUAGAAGACUAUGUUGAGCGCACGCCUCGAAAUCUGUCGCUUCGUGACCCAUGGGCAGUGGCACUAAUGCACAAUACUGACUCGUCUGAUGUCAGGUUUGUGCUAACCCUUCACCACGCGCUUUUCGACGGCGCUUCACUUGCACUCAUGCUUGAGGAACUCGCUGCUUUGUAUCACGAUCCCUGCGCGGCUGUCCCUCGGGAGGACUUCAAGAAUGCCAUUAUUGAUGUUCUCAAUGCUGAUAUGGACGCGUGUAAUGAUUAUUGGGUCGAGGAGCUCAAAGAUUUCACCCCUGACUCUUUCCCCGAUCUCACGGGCCUUCGCCAGUCCGCUAAGCAGAAAGGAUUCCAUGUGUCGACGGUGAUGUCAUCGACGUCUAUGUCUGACCUCGCUCGCAAGGCUCGAAAGCUCAACGUGACGCCAUUAGCUGUGGUACAAGCUGCGUGGGCUAGCAUUUUGCUUGCUUACUCUGAGUCCGACGCUGAGGACAUUGUUUUCGGUAGCAUCGUUGGCGGACGUACUUCCGAAUCUCUCGAGCACACUGUCGGUCCCAUGUUUACGGCGGUACCCGUGCGCGUUCGCAAUGUUACGGGAGCUACUACGCGCGACCUUUUGUCUCGCUUGGUACGGAGUAAUGUUGACAGUCUUAUCAAGCGCCACCCUCCUGUCACUGUUUUGAGUGGUACCAAUGGUAUCAUCUACGAUACUACAGUUGCUUUGCAGCAGUUCGGACAGGGAGCAUCUCAGACAGAGCUAUGGACAUCAGUGACAUAUCCGGCCAUGGCCACGGAGUUCGCCGUCGUCCUUGAAAUCUGGCCCGAGGAAAGCGACUUGAUUCGUCUCCGAGCAACGUGCUCGAACAACGUUCUCAUUCCUACAGCUAGCGAGGCCAUGUUACAACAGUUUGAUGAUAUCCUCAGCAAUAUCCUAGACAGGCCACCGGACUUGCCUUUUUUGCAUGCUACAUCUAGUGUUCGACACGAGUUGCAGGCUUCCAUCAAUCCUAUACCCACACUCCAGCCCGUGUUGCCUUCGACUCUCAUCCAUCAUGAAUUCGAACAAAAUGCCCGGUUACAACCCGACGCCCUAGCCGUAUGGUUCAAAGCUGACUUGAUGCACCAGGAAAUGGACGUACGCUGGACCUAUGGUGAGCUUGAUCGUCGAGCGAACCAGCUGGCGCAUCACCUGGUCAAGACUUAUGGCGAACUCUACGACAUACUAAUUCCUCUGUGCAUGGAAAAGUGUCCCGAACUCUAUGUCGCCAUUCUCGGUGUGGUUAAAGCCGGAGGUUGCUGGUGUCCGGUGGACCAUGCUGCUCCAGAGUUACGGAAGAAAGACUUGUUUCUUCGAGCUGGAGGGCCGGUCGUGCUGGUUCCAAAUCAGGAGGCAUGCCGCGAGUUACGGACGGCUAUUCCCGAAGGGCUGGAUCUUUUAGCUCUUAAUGACAUACGAUUACUCAACGAACCUGAAAAUGUGCCGGUCGUCGACAUCAGCUCAGCCCAUUUAGCGUAUCUAAUCUGGACAAGUGGUACUACCGGAGCCCCGAAGGGCGUACCGAUCGAACACAGAGCGGCGGUGCAGGCUCUAACAGUGUUGCAAGAAGUGAUUCCAUUUAACUCUACUGGUGUUCGUUGUUUGAAUUUCUCUGCAUACACGUUUGACGUCUCAAUACUCGAUGUUUUCUACGCUCUGGGAAAGGCAUGCGGGACACUUUGCUCUUCCAGCAAAGACAUCCUUGUCGGGCAGUUUGCGGAUGUUGUAAAUAGUUUUCAAGCAACGCACGCAUUCUUGACUCCGGCCUUUAUGGCGCAAUCCACACUGAAUGCCUGUAACUCGCUUGAAAGCCUAAUUAGUAUCGGAGAGAAGUUGCCCGAUACUGUAGCAGAUGCCUGGUCCCGACCGGGAACAGUAUCACUGAACACAUACGGUCCGGCGGAAGCCACUAUAAUCGCGACAUAUCGUCGUUUUCGGUCGAAUGAGAUAACCAAAGCACCGAAUGUUGGCCUUCCUCUCCCGACUGUCAGUUGCGUUGCCGUCAAGAAUGAACGUGUUCUGCUUCGUGGCGCUGUGGGCGAACUGGCUCUGGGUGGUCAUCAAAAUGCUCGUGGAUAUCACAAUCAGCUUGAAAUGACUUUGAAGAAGUUCAUCAAUCAUCCUAUCGCUGGGAAGAUAUAUUUGACUGGGGACAUCGUUCGCUUCCUUCACGAUGGUACAUGUGAAUUUGUUGGUCGAAAUGAUGAUUUGGUAAAGCUAGGUGGUAUCCGAGUCGAACUGUCCGAAAUUAGUGCAGCGUUAGGUUCUUGUCACCUUCUUGCAAGGGAAGCAUCUACGAUGCUACUUUCCAGACCCGAUCGUCCUCAAAAGGUUGUCUGUACCUUCAUCUCCGCACCCAGCCUUGACAACGAUGGAAAAGUAUGCACUAACCAAGAAGCCGUCGCCAUUGCCUGUGCUGCUAGGAGGCAUGCAGAGUUAUCGUUACCCGUCUUCAUGCAUCCGAACGUUAUUGUGGUGGUCCAACACAUUCCACAUACUGCGUCUAAUAAGAUAGAUAGAGCAGCCCUCGGAGAAUAUUAUGCUUCGAUGGAUAUUUCAGCGUGGGAAUCAGUCAUUGCCGUUGCGAUGGGCGACGACGGCGACAAAACUUGGUCUAACGGCGAGGAGAAGAUCAGGACUGUGCUGUCGGACCUCACAGAUACACCAGUUGAUUCUAUCAGCAAAACCACCCGUUUUGCUGCGCUAGGCAUUGACUCGAUCCGUGCAGUUCAGCUGGCUUCGCGCCUUCGUGGAUCAGGUCUUCCCGUUGCUGUCAGUGACAUUCUACGCCAUCCAUCCACCAAGCAACUGGCUAGAAUGAUCCUCUCUAGCGAAUCGGACGAACUUCCCAACUCAGUGCCCAUAUGUACAUGGUUCAAAGAGUUCGACUCGCUAUGGCGACCACGUGUGCAAAGUAGUCUUCAAGGUGUGGAGCGCAUCCUCCCGUGCACACCCUUACAAGAAGGCAUGUUAGGUGAAACAAUCAAACACGAAGCGGCGUAUUGGUCCCAUCGACUGUUUUCGUUCGGCAGGGCUGUCGAUUUAGACAAACUCUUAGAGGCAUGGGUGAACGUUGCGACCUGCACGGAGGCCCUAAGGAUUGUUUUUCUCCCUGCAGCUGCUUAUUCUGUAGCCGGUGGCGAUUCGACCUCUUCACCGGUGUUUAUCCAAGCUCUCCUACAGCAGCCGCUCGUUCAUGCUACUCACCAGCGAUGCAAUAGGCGGAACAUAAAUAAUGAUGCAGAACAGAUUGCUCGGAGCAUCGUUGUGUCCCGAAUCGGGUCGCAGCUUCCACCUUGGUCGCUGACUAUCUUCGAAACGGACAACGAUACUCAAUCUUGGCUGAUGUUGAGCAUCCAUCAUGCGCUGUACGACGCGGAUGCCAUUGGGUAUCUCCUGGCUGAUGUACAGACUGCCUAUCAAGGAGGCGAUCUCACCCCCCGCCUCCAACUAUCAAGCGCUCUGUCACUGGUGUCUGGCAACACGGAUCCGAAAACGUCUGACGCAUUCUGGCAAGAUGUUCUAAGUCCUUUUGCAGACGAGCAUGCCAAUCUCUGGCCAAAUCUGUCCUCUCACGAGGAUUGUGGUCGCAAAACUCGCUUUUAUGCUGCUUCCUUCGAACCUGACAGAACUGCCCUUGCCUUUGCUGCGAAUGAGGUGCAGUCCUCUAUCAGCCAUGUCUUACAAGCAGCGUGGUCCUUUAUUCUAUCCUCGUACCUUCGAACAGAUAAGGUUGUCUUCGGAGAAACGCUCUCCCUCCGCGUAGGAAAUGCCAAGCUAGCGAGUGCAAUAGCGCCUUUGAUAACUACCACUCCAGUCGCAGCGAACGUCACUGGAAAUUCCUCCCCUCGAAGCCUCAUCAGUGCUAUCUCCAGCCUAUCUACAAAGUGUGUAACCCACAGAUUUGUUUCACUGCAGCGAGUUCGUCGAAUACUUCAGAAGCCAGUUCGCCAGCCAGUUUUUCCAGCAAUCUUUGUCAUAUAUUCUGUGGAUGAAGAAGGCAACCCACAGACUGCUCAAAGCUUAUGGACUGACUGCACUGACAUCGCAAGUCUCGGCGUGGAGCACCCUCUGGCAGUUAAUGUCGCCGUCACAGCUGAUAAAGUGGUUGUGAAUGUUCUAGGAAGUAGCGACUUUAUGGCUUCCAAACAAGUGAAACUACUAGCAGAUCAGUUCAGUGCGGUGUUGACAGUCAUGUUAGAAGCCUUGGACAGACCGCUUUCAAAGCUAUCGCUUGGCCUGAAGGAGCACCAUCUCUCUGUGUUGAAGUCGAUUCCCUUUCCAACCUCCUCCAGUUCAUCCGGUUUUGAGCCCGUCCAUUGGCUGGCGAAGCGCGCACUCACCUCCCCAGAUGACAUUGCUGUGUCUAUUUAUAAAGCGAAGAAAGGCCCUCACUCCACGUGGACUUUCAGAGAACUUGACGAGGCCUCCAACCGCAUCGCUAAUUGGAUUCGUCGGGGAACCACAUAUCCUGGUGUUAUUGCAUUGUGUAUGCCCCAGUGUCAUGCAUUGUUCGCUUAUCAGUUCGGGAUACUGAAGUCUGGUUCUAUUUAUCUUCCGAUUGGGUAUGAGAUUCCUGCCUUUCGCAAGAGGUUAUUAUUCCGCGCUGGAGGUGCUACUCUAGUUUUCACUGUGGCGAGCUGUGCGGAAGACUUUGUUUCUAUUGAGCCCGCAAAGAUUAUUGAUAUCGAUGACGCGCGCCACGCGCAGCAAGUUUCUCGCUACCCUGCAUCCGCACCAGCAUAUACAGCCCCCGAAGUUACUUGCAUAAUGUUUGGAGACGGACACCUCAGCACCUCUCGCCCUUGUUUUGUUUCCUCGAGUAGCGUGGUUGCUUCCGUCGAAGCAUGCGCCUACAAGCUCCACCUACACCACUCGCUCAACGACGCAGGAGAUUUCCUGAGCUGGCUACCGCUAUCGUGCGAUGGACAUCUCCUCGAGCUCUUAUUGCCAUUUCGUACCGGGAUGACCAUAACAAGUGUUCCGCGCGGUCUUUUACAGGACGAUUGUCCAACGAUCCUAAAUAACACCGGUGUCACCCAUGCUAUUUUACUCCCCGCUUGGCUAGAGCGAAAAGGUGUGCGGCCCUGCGAUGUACCCAGAUUACGGUGCACGAUCUUGACUGGCCACUUGUCGCAUUCUCCGCUCCUGGAUGAAUGGACUGAAUCAUCCGAUCUGACUGUUCUGUCGGCAUUUGGACUGAGUGAAACAGCGGGUAUCUGCUUUUUGGGCAAGUACUGCUCCACUACAACAAACUGGAAUGUGGGCAACAUUCUCGGAAACUAUACGGCUCUCAUCCUCCACGCCAAAUCUAUGCAACCCACACUUCGGGGUGAAGAGGGAGAAUUAUAUUUGUCCGGAAAGUCAGUAUGUCCUGGCCACCUGCCGGGUUUGGUGGGACGGUUUGUUCUCAACACCCCCUAUGGACCCAUCCUCAGAACAGGCUCCAUAGCUCGUGUAAGAGCUGAUGAAUCGGUUGACUUGUUUCGUCGUAAUGAAGUGUUCUUGCGGGGGCGAAAGCUCGACCUUGCCGAGAUUUCUGAGGCGGUCUCUUCUUUAGCUCAGCAGGGUUUGAAUGUGCACACACUAGCACUUGAUCACCCGGAGGGAUUACAGACAUAUGUUGUCUCCUUCAUAUCGCGUUCAAUGAACGCCGACCCAUUUCUGGGGUCCUUACCGAAUGUCUGCAUGACAGAUGCGACACUAGCACGAGCUAUACACUCUGCUUGUCGAAGCCGACUCUCCCGGCAUUUAAUUCCCGACAAGAUAAUACCCUUGGACUUUAUCCCCCUUGCCAACGUUUUCUCUUCGCAGGUAGAUCAUAAGCGCCUGAAGCAUGUGUUCAUUCAUUCUCCUUUGGUGAUUCUCGGUGAUCCGAGUGAACAGCCGUCUGUCUCGCGUCCUCUUACGACUCUCGAGAAAGAGAUAUGCAACAUCGUCAGUGGCAUCACACGGGUUCCCGUCGACGCCAUGAAUGCCGACACGACGACACUAGAACUUGGAAUUGAUUCUCUAAGUGCUAUCUCUUUGAGUUUCCAGAUGAAAGCAGCGGGCUUUUUUGUUCCUCCACAUGUCAUUCUCGCUGGACCAUCUGUAUCGAAGCUGGCGAAAUCAUCGCGGUUACUUAUCGAAGACAGGAGUCAGGUGUCCUCGUGGCGGAUGGAGACUCAUCUGGAGGAACGGGUUCGGGACCAUCUUUCGGACCAUGAUAUCCAGCUCGUCCAGCCUUGUCUACCAUUGCAAGAAGGACUGAUUGCUCACACGCUCAAUUCUGCUCAGCCCGUUUACGUCAAUCACUUCAUUUUACGUCUUGACGAGGCAGACGUGUCUCAGCUUCGCAAUGCGAUUGAUGAAACGAUUGCUGCAAACGACAUCCUGCGAACCUGUUUUUUCAUCGACGACAGAAACGUGGUCCAAGUCGUUCUUUCCUGUGUCUCAAAUGUCUGGUCGGUUGUCGAAGUGUCGGAUGACAAAGAUCCUCUAGUCAUUCUUCGCGGAGAUAUAGGUGCCGUCGAACUCGAUGUAGUGCAGAAUAUCGGAACUCAGCCGCCCAUUCGGCUUGCAUUAUAUUCGUCGAAGGCAGGGUCUACACUUCUUCGUCUUACUAUGCAUCACGCAAUCUACGAUGGUGAAUCGCUGCCGAUGCUCCUGUCAGAGAUCUAUGAACGGUACUUAGGGUGUUUUACCCUCCAACGUGCUCCAAUCAGUCGCUUGAUCAGCCAUCUCGCACACCAGUCGCAAGAGUUGGCUCGUUCAUUCUAUUCUGAUUAUCUCGACAAUGCCCCCAAGCCCGCCAUCACUCAUACAUAUAGCAGCCUCGAAUCUAAUCAUGAAAGACAUGUUCUCGGUGUACCAUUGUCUGUGCUCGAGCAAACUGCUCGUGCUUUGAAUAUCAGUCUCCAUGUUCUGGCACUGUCAGCGUUCGGAAUUGCGUUAGGAGAGCAUCAGAAGAUCAAUGAUUCUGUAUUUGGUGUCGUUCUGUCAGGUCGUACAUUGCUAGUCGACGGAGUGGAUAACAUGUUGGCUCCCUGUAUUACUACUGUACCUGUCCGGGUUCGUGCUGUAGACGUUCAAAUAUUUGCCGAUAUCGCCCGUCAAGUUCAGGUUGAUCUAUCGUCUGUGAUGGAACAUCAACAUACUCCUCUUCGUUUGAUACAACGGUGGCUUGGGUCUGGCGAACAACUUUUUGAUACGCUGUUCAACUUUAGUCGGUCAACAUUGUCCCCGUCCCCGUCCCAUAAACUUUGGUCAGUCCUCGAGAGUAAGGCAGCCAUCGACCAUCCAUUGGCUGUAGCGUUUGAAGCUGAUCCAAACGAAAACGCUGCCACUAUCUUCGCCGGUUACACGCCUAGCUUUGGUUUGAGCGCUUCCGUCACGUCUCUGUUGUCCCGUAUGGCGAAUCUUGUCACUGAUCCCACCCAAACUAUAACGCCAACAAUGCCAUCACUGUCUUCCAGUGUGCCAUUACAACGUGCCUUGUAUGACCCGACGACCUGGUCUCCUCGAGAAAUUCUAGUUCGAGACGUAGUUGCCAAACUUUGCAACGUAGAUCCAACUAUUAUCACCAAGGAUCUUUCUUUCCUCCACCUUGGGGUUGAUUCUAUCACCAGCAUUCGCCUGGCCCAGCAGUUGAGAGCUGAAGGUUUCGCCGUUCCUACAUUUGCCAUCAUGCGUCAUCCCUGUAUAGGGAAACUUGUGGGCUAUGUCAACGAAUCUUCUGCGGAAGUGUCCGAGUCCGCCGGCGCUAUUGUGAGCGCCUUUAAAGGCCUUCAAACGCGUCUCCUUAACGAAUACGGCCCCAUCGUUCGGCUUCUUGCCGAAGAUGACAUAAUCACGGCAAUGUUUCCGGCAACGCCUUUGCAAACCGGGAUGCUCACUCAAACAGUCGCGUCGAGCGGUCGGCUGUACAUGGGAGAUCAUGUGAUUAAGCUACAUCCAUCCGUCUCCACCUUUCGCCUUAAAUCUGCUUGGGAGCAAGUAAUUGCGUCAACAGAUAUCUUACGUUCCUCGUUCAUUGCAUGUCCAGAAGGCGAUCACGCUUGGGUCGCUGCGGUGCAUAGUAAUGCAUCCAUACGUUGGACGGAGUACUCGGUUUCUUCCAAUACAGACAUCUGUUCACUGGGGCAGAAAAUCAAAGAAUCAGAAGCUAUUCAGGAUGAACAUGCAUUUGAGAUACCGCCACUGUCCUUUCACCUUAUAUGCGCUCCAGAUACCCGAAUUCUGAUCGCCUUAAUUCAUCAUUGUCUUUACGAUGGGCUUUCUCUGCCUUCCAUCUUCGACGAUGUCGCCGCUGCAUACCGAGGAAUCGAACCUUUGAAGCGUCCGCAAUUCCCUGACGCUGUACCGUUCAUCUUGCACAGUUCUAAGGACGAGUCGGACUUUUGGCGAAAGCGUCUGUCCAAGUUCACUUGUGCACCACUACCAAUGAGACAAGGAACUACGACACGAGGUCACCUCGCUCGAACCCUACUAACACUUCCUGAAGGCGCUCUUGAUACGAUCAAAACGUUGGGUGUGACAGUCCAAGCCGUUGCUCUUCUGGCAUGGGGAAAAACCUUGGCUAGUAUCACAGGCUCACCGGAUGUCGUCUUUGGCCAAGUGGUCUCUGGUCGUGCGAUCGACCUUGACAAUGCAUUGCACGCCAGCGGCCCGCUUUUCAACACAAUACCAUUCCGUUUUACGCUAUCCCAAACAGCUUGGACAAAUGCCGAGGCCGUUCAGGCGCAGCAUGCGUCGAACGUACAAAGUGAACCACAUCAUCAUGUCCCUCUUCGUCUUAUACAACGAAAGUGGCGCGCAGACACUUCCACUGGAGAAUCGCUCUUUGACACCUUGUUUGUGUUCCAGCAGCAUACUGGAGAACAAAGCCGAUCACGAUCAGAUCUGUGGAUUCCAUAUAGCCUGACAAGCGACCCGUCACCAGCCGAGUAUCCUUUGAAUCUCGAAAUUAUUCAUGCGAGUGACGUUUUAGAGAUUCGAGCCGGGUGUCAGCCUCGAGUAUUUUCUGAGGACGAACUGCAAAGAAACCUUGAGAUCCUACGAGAGACACUUGAAAACAUCAUCCUUGAACCUUCGGAUAGCGUUCUAAGCUAUCCCCCCAAUCUUCGAGAGGUAGCAACUGCCUCUCGGAAAUUCGUCGCGCCCUCACCAUCUAAAGACGAUGCUGAUGAACCCACUCGAGAAUUUUCGCCGAACGAGACCGUUUUACGCCAGAUAUUUUCAAAAAUCUCCAGAAUAUCUCUCGAACGCGUCGGACUUCAUGCACCGCUUUAUGCCCUUGGGCUGGACUCCAUUGCUGCGAUCCAGAUCGCAUCCAGGUGCCGAAGUCAAGGGCUCGACAUCGCAGUAUCGGACGUAUUCGCGGGUGAGACGAUCGCCGGGAUCUGCGGUAAUUAUGAGGUCUCCCAAAGCUCUGCUCAUGAUGCAAUCUUGUCUGCGAGAGAACUUGUACAAGACCAUGAACGCGCGCAGGUAUUGGAGCUUCUAGGUCUCGGAGAUGAGGACGUUGAAGAAGUGCUACCUGUCCUUCCUGGUCAACACUAUCAUCUUUGUGCAUGGCUCAGCUGCGGUGGCACGUUCUACGAGCCGGUGUUCGUGUACAAACCCUCAAAACAGCUUGACGUUGACCGACUACGUCAGGCAUGGGAUGCUCUUCGGAAACGUCACGGCAUCCUCCGUACCGUGUUUGCUGCGACUUCCUCUUCCAAUGUUCUUCAAGUUAUUGAAAAGAGUCUUCCGAAGAAUGAUCUAAGCUGGAGCUUUACCGAAUUUGAUGGGGAUUUCGAGCAAUGCGUCAAAGAGCAAGUACGAAUAGAAUACCGUCGGCCAUCGACCUUGUUUACUCCGUCAGGCCGUAUUAAGCUUGUGCGAGUAGGAAAGCAAGACGCGCUGUUAUUCGUACUCCAUCAUGCCACAUACGAUGCUUGGUCUGUUCCUCUGCUGGUUGCAGACUUGUGCGCAUUGUACCAAGGCUUCGACUGCACGAGCGCUCCAGACUUUGCCGGGUUCAUCAAACACGUCUCUACUAAGUCGGAUAGGGCCGCCGAGGCCACCUUUUGGCGGGAUUCGUUAAAAAUCAAUGGAUCGUCCCUUUUGGGACCCAAACACUCUUGCUCUGAUCUGAAGCAGGUCUUCGUGCGGGCUCCUGCUAUCAUUAGUUCGACAGACUCGUUGCAGUCGCGCUGUCAAGCAGUUGGUCUUGGUCUUCAAGCCCUAGUGUUGGCGGUUUGGGGUCGUGUGGGGAAGACCUUGACCGGACAAGACUCUCCUGUGUUAGGCGUGUAUCAUACCAGCCGCGCCGCUUCAUUUGACAACCUGGAGAGGCUCGCCGGACCUUGUGUCAACAUUCUGCCUAUGUGCAUCCCAGCAGCUGAUCCUGGCAAAGUCGGCGACGUAGCGCGUCAACUUCAAGUAGACCUCGGAAGGCGUACUGCAUUUGAACAAAGUGCUCUGCCGGAGAUUCUGAAAUGGGUUCAAUAUGACGGGCCGCUGUUUAAUAUCUUCAUCAAUCUGCUUUGGCAUGGCAACAAGAUCCGGACGAUCUCCCAUGAUUCGCUUCUUCAGAUUCUCCCUGUCGGGGUACCUACUGACUAUGCUGCUGAAGAGCCUUUCGAGCUUCGGUCGUCGGUCGACACGUUGGAUCUUUCACAUCUUCCUAAGUAUGGUUUGUACAUUGAUGUCGCUUUGAAUGCGGAGACGAACACGAUUGGGGUCGCUGCUCGCUGUCAUGAAGCCAUUCUGAAUGAGGAAGAGCUUCGGGAAGUAAUUGGUAGUUUCGCGGACGGAGUAAGCGUUGCUAUGGAGGAGCUGUAAAUUCUUAUAGAAGUACG